UCCAACUUUUUAUACUACUCUUAUCUCACCUUUAUUACUUGCUUGGAUUGUGUGGUCUACAGAGCAUCUCAGCAGGGUUCUAGUCGAGUCUUUGCAAGGACAUGGUUUUUGCAGCUAAAAUAAGUAAUCUCAUACUCAACCUUUUCAAAUAACCCAACAUCGAUCCCUAUCUUCUCCACUCACCUAGCAUAGCAAAUAGCAAUUUCCUCAUGAUGAAGCACGUCUAGGAAGAAGCAUCCAUAAAUCUCAUCACCAUAAGCUUUUCUUCCAUUUUUUCUUCUCAUCUUCUUCUUCCUUUUUUUUGCCCUCUAGGAAUUGCUAACCCUCUCUUGCACAGAAGAAGAAAGGAAAAAAUAAAAUCAAAUAAAAUAAAAUGAAAGAAACCAUAGUGUUGCAUCCAGUUCCUGGCUUCCACCACAUGGUCUCCUUAGUAGAACUAGGAAAGCUAAUCCUACAACAUCAUCCCCACUUCUCCAUAACAAUCUUAGUUCCAACCAUGCCUUUAGAUACAUCCACCACCACUUCCUCAUACAUCAACCAUAUCUCCAAAACCAAUCUUCCAAUCACUUUCUUCUCCCUUCCAUCAAUCCCACCCCACCAAGAAACCCAAUACCAGGUAGCCAUGAUUUUGGAGUACAUGCGCCUCAACGCCUCAUUCGUUGUUGAUGCACUACAAACCAUGUGUCUCUCCUCCUCCAUCCUUGCUCUUAUAACCUCUUCUGUCUACAUCUAUGAUGGCCUUGAUAACCUCCACAUCCCAACUUACUACUACUUCACCUCUUGUGCCUCUACUCUCGCAAUCCUUCUCCACUUGCCAACACUACACAACCAAACCACCAAAAGUUUCAAGGAACUCAACGACACUAUCUUGCACGUUCCUGGAAUACCACCCAUCAAAGCCUCUUACAUGCCUCAACCUUUGCUUGACCGGGAUGGCCCUGCUUAUCAUUACUUCUUUAACUAUGCCUCUUGUAUGUCCAAAUCAAAAGGGGUCAUAGUAAACACAUUUGACAUACUUGAGCCACAAGCAAUCAAUGCCAUAGCAAGUGGUGCAUGUAUUUCAAAUGGUGCAACACCGCCUAUUUACUCCAUUGGGCCAUUGAUCACAGAUGCUAAAGAUCAAUCCGGCAAUUCAACAUCAGAAGCUUUGGCGUGGUUAGAUGCACAGCCGAGCAGAAGCGUUGUGUUCUUGUGCUUUGGUAGUAAAGGUACUUUUUCUGAAGCACAACAUGAAAAGAUUGCACAUGGGCUGGAGAGGAGCAACCAGAGGUUCUUGUGGGUGGUAAAGAGUCCUAAGGGUUCUACUAGUGAUCAACCACAGUUAGAGAUCCUAUUGCCAGAAGGGUUUUUGGAAAGGACAAAAGGAAGGGGUUUGGUUGUUAAGUGUUGGGCUCCCCAGAAUGCUAUUCUGAGACAUGAAUCGGUAGGUGGGUUUGUGACACACUGUGGGUGGAACUCGCUGCUAGAAGCAGUGAGCUAUGGUGUGCCAAUCGUGACAUGGCCUUUGUACGCUGAACAGCACUUGAAUAAUGUAGCUUUGGUGGAGGAAAUGAAGCUGGCAAUACCCAUUGACACAUCAACAUCAAUGGUAUCUUGUAAGGAAGGAGAGGAAGAAGGGUUGGUGAGUGCAGAGGAGGUGGAAAAGAAGGUGAGACAGUUGAUGGAAUUUGAGGAAGGGAAAGUUCUGAGACAGCGAAGUCUAGAGAUGAGAGCAAUGGCUAUGGCGGCUUGGACUAGUGGUUUGGCACCUAUAAAAUGAAGAAAGCACUGCUGUGGACCGAUGGAUGAUACUUUUUGCAGGCUGCAAAGGAACUUAGUGAUCAAUGGAAUGUCACGCGAAUUGGAGAGGACCCGGCUUUAGAUGUCUGGAUGGCAGAUGUGAGUCACUAUGUUUUUAAAAUGUUCAAUGAAGGUAAAGGUUAUGAACAAUGUAAAUUUUCCAGAGAGAGAUUUAUUAUUCUAUAUUUACGCAAGUUUAGUCGCCUUCUUGGAGUGGAUCACUCCACCCUGUCUUUUU